UCGCCAGCGGUAGCCAAUGACUUACUAGAGUUUUGUACCACAUGACCAGAUUACGGGUAUCCAUGCACUGGAAAAGAGCAUAGGAGGACGCUAGACGAAGCGACGUCGAGGUCUCUACUUGUUUUAAGUGAUAAUAUAUUCACUUGAAAUAGCCGGUUGUGUUGUAGUGAGUAUAGAAAAUGACAGCACAAGUGGAAACUAAAGAUGUUGGCGGCUGGGUGCCCACCAAGCCCAGAGGACCCAUAGCUGCUAUGUACAAUAGUCCAGGGCCAUGUUAUGCCCUUCCAACAUUAGUGGGUCAGCCAGGACAUGACUUCCGAAGUGUCCAUAAUAAGAAACCUGCGUGGGUGUUUGGUAUUAGGCAUGGAAAAUUUCAGGAUGACUGCAGUCCAGGACCUUGCUACCUUCCUAAAGAAAAGUAUUACAGGGAUGGUCCUGAUGGCACACCACACUUUUCACUUCAUGACAGGCACAAGGAUUUAACCUCAUUCAGAACUCCAGGUCCUGGAGCAUACAAACCAGAGGGUGCUGGCCCCAAUACAUACAAAUCUCCUCCCAAGUACAGCUUUGGUACCCGACACAGAAGUCGAAGAACAGAUAAUACCCCAGGUCCUAAUAAUUACACUUUACCAAGCAUGCUUGGCAAGACCACAGAGGCUCCCAAAAAAUCAUCUCCUAUUUACACAUUAGUUGGCCGCAGUAAACAAGGUGGAUUCGACGAAGACUUGGCCAGGACACCAGGACCAGGUGCCUACAAUGUAACUCGUCCAGAUGUCUACAAGCAUGCCCCACCACAGUUCAGCAUGACUAGCCGCAACCCUAUGCCUGGUGAUACAACUGUGAAACCAGGACCAGGAGCUCACAGUCCUGAAAAUGUCUAUGUUACGAAGAGGUCAGCGCCAAGGUUCACUUUAGGCAUUCGCCACUCACAGUACACAGCCCCAAUGCUAGAUUCACAAGUAGAAGAUUGAGACAACAUAAAAACAUGGAUUUCUGCAUAUACUGAAUAAAAUAACUAAUAAGGAGCUUGCACGUGCUUUAAAUUAAGAUUAAGAAAAAAAGUGAAAAGAUUAAGUUCAUUAUAGUCUUAAUGCUGUUAUUUUUUCUAACGUUUUUUUUUUGUUUGUUUUUUGUUAAUGUUAAACAAUCUUGUGAUACAGGUCAUUUGUGAUACAGGUCAUCACUGACCUAUGUCAGUGUCCUGAAUUUAUUUUAUCUUUCCAAAUCUAAACUAUUGUUUUGCAGUUAGUUAUAAACUAAAAAAAAAUUGUAGAAGCAAAAUUUUUUUUUAAAAUUCAUUUUUUUUUUUAAUCCCACACUUGUGAAUCUUUAUAGUUUUAUUUCAGUGUAAUUUUGAUGACUGAAUUGAGCAAAAGGUAAGCUCAAUAAAAUUACACAGUUCAUAUUGCUUGUCUCUAAUAAUUGAAAUAGUUUUUUUUCAAUAAUAAAACUUUUUCCCUUUACAUAAUUUAUUCGUACAGAGAACUACCCUAACUUAAGAUUGAAAAUGUUUUAUAAAUAUUUGUGUGCAAACUGAUUCUUUUUUUAUAUGCAUCACAUGCAGUGUUUAAAAAAUCAUACCAUCCAACAUUGUUUUGAAUAAUUAAUUUAGCAAUUAAAACUUCAUUUGAAUCUCUUAUACCAACUUUUUUGUAAAAUGUAAUCCUUCCUAUUCAAUGGUCCCGCAGUUUUUUUUUAUUGACGAUGCUCCACAGAGAUCACAUCUGUUUCCCAGUUAUCUUCUUUUUCGAAGGAAUGUUUGUAAUUUAUAAGAAGAUAAGAAUUUCCUUGCCUUUCUAUUGUCUGUCUUUUCAGAAUCACGUCCAUUACAAGCACAUUAGUGUAAAAAUAUUUUUUUUUAAUCAGCUUGUCAAGUGUCCGACUUGUUUUUAUAAAAAGUGAUUUUUUUUUUCUUAUUUUAUGUUUGAAAUGUUAUAUCCAAUACAUUUUGUGAUAAGCCAUUGAUCUAUAGGCCUAUGCCUUUCAUUGUCAUGUGUUUUUUUUUUUAAAACAUACUAUAUAAUUUAAAACUAUUGGUCUGUAUAUAAUCUUUGUUGCAACUUUUUGCUCCAACCUGUGCACAGUAUUUUGCUAUUUAAUAUCAUGUACUACAUAAGAGGAAACAAAUAUUGAUUUUUGUUUAGUAAGUGAAAAUGAUUUUUUUUUAAUCGUAUAAGUACUUAGCAGCAUUACUGUAUUUAUUUUCUUGUUUUGUCAUAUAAAGAAGCAUGUAGCAUGGCUUUACAAAAAUGGCAUUGCUUCUGAAUACAGCAUUGCUUUUUUAUUUUUUAUUUAACAUACUAAAUUUAGAUCAGUAUUACUUUUAAUUAUUUUUUUUUACAGAUAAGGUGAAAAUUUAUGACAAUCUAAAUUAUCUUUCUUUUUUUUUUAUAAUGCUUUAUUUGAUAGAAACUGAAGCAACAUUUGUACUGUAAUAACUGUGCACCUUUUAAUAUAACUUCUAGAUACAAUAUAAUGGUAGCUGCCUAACUAUUUUAAGCAUGUAGCUUGUUUUGUUUUGUUUUUUUUCAAAAAAAGUAAAUUACUUUAUAAAAGAAGAAAAAAAAAAUUUUUGUUUUUGUUGUUACAUUUUUUUUUCAUCGAAAAAAGAUAAGUAUGUGCGAUGUGACGAAGCCAAAAUGUAGCAGUGAGACAAGGUCCAACACUUUUUUUUUUGUUUUUAAUUUUUAUACUUAAUGUCUAUGACACACUUUGUGAGAAUGUAAAAAAUUAAAACAUAUAUUAUAUUGUAA